UUUGCCGUUCUAUGUUUUAGUAUAAUGGUUUCCGGCGUGUAUACUUUCAAUUUAAGUACAGAUUUUAUAUUUAAAAUUUUAUUUGAAACGCACUUCGACAUGUUCAUUUUAUUCUUAAUUCUAAUAGAAAAAAACAGGAGUUCACUUAAUAAUUUUAAAACUUGUUAGCAUAUUUUUAUAUGUAUGAUACUUAACUGCUCAAUUACUGUAUGGUUUUCUACUUUAUUCGUAAUAUUGUUUUCGUAAGUACUUGAAGAAAAAUGGUAAUGUUGAUUUGUUUUUGUUGGUGGUUAUAACACCAUCCUAUGAUUGAACGAUCCUAGGUUGAAAUCCCACUUGAGUUUAUGUACCAAUCUGAGUCAUGUAUGUUUUCAUCGACCACCACUUGCUUUUGGUAAAGAUAACAUCGUGAAACUGCAACUAGAAGGCAUUAUCCGUUUACAGGUACAGUCAGUUACAAAAAUGUUAAUAAUGUUAAAAAAUUUGCAACGUCGGACACACGGUACUAAGCCAAAUAUUCAGGAACGAAUAUUAAUAGAAGCUGAAAAAUCUAGACCAAAUUGUUUAGAAGGACGACUGAAAUUAGCAUAUCUUGUAUUUUUUAACGUCGUUCAGAGUUUUGGAUUUCUUUAUGUACUUUACUUAACGGCUGUACAUUACAGUAUACUGGGAUAUGCUUCGUUUGCCUUCACAUAUGACCAUUUAGGAUUUAUCGUGAAGUUGUUACACAUCAUGCAAAUACUGGAGAUUGUGCAUCCUAUCAUUGGUCUUACCAAGGGUGCUCCAACUGUGGCGUUUUUCCAGCUCUUAGGCAGAUUGUUUAUACUGUUCAUAAUGAUUGAUCCCGAACCGAGGAUGCAGACGAAAGCUAUUGUGCCCUACCUGUACGUGGUUUGGAGUACCAUUGAGGUUAUAAGACACAUAUACUACAUUUCCCAGUUGGCGGAGAAGGAAAUAUCUCUUCUGACGUGGCUCCGAUAUUCAGCCUGGAUCAUCCUCUACCCCAUGGGAAUAUUUGGAGAAGCGACUGUCAUGGUCAAAAACAUCCCAUACUUCCGCGAAACGAUGAUGUUUUCCAUAACUUUGCCUAACACCUGGAACUUUUCAGUUGACAUGAUAUUAAUUUUGAGACUACAGAUUUUCUUUUUAGUGUGCCCUGUUAUGUACAUGUUGACCAAUCAUAUGUAUAAAAUGAGGGUUAAGAAAAUGGCUCAAUUCAGAUUUAAGCCAUUUUUAGUUAGUAAAACAUUAACAUCAUGACCGAAGCAUUGGUUAGGUGACAAGAUUCAAAUUCACUUGUAAAAUGUCCUAAAAAAAAUUAUUCAAACUUUAAAAAACACAAAUACAAAAAUUCAGUUUUAUAAAUAAAAAUAAUCUUCCAACGCGCCACAGGGAGGAAAUGUGCCCAGUAUACUGGCAGCGAUGCGCCGUUGUAUCGCGAGACUUACACGCUGAGUAAAAAAGCUGCCAGCUCUCGAGUCUCUUGUUGCCUCCACGUGGCGCGUCGUGACGCCUUGUGAAAUAGGUAUACACUUUUGAUGUUUGAUGUUAAAAAAUGAUACAAAUGUGUACAAUGUAAUUCAAUAUGGACGGUACAAUAGAUUUUUAUGAAAAUAUUGUUAAAAUCAUUAUCUUUUUUGAACUGCUGUUCUAUGUUGCGUUCUUUAUAAUCAAGAGCUGUGCUCGUAUUUAAAACGAUACAAGUAUAUUUUACAAUUAAUUUGAUACAUGAAGUAUAUUCGUAGGUACUUAUAUAUUUCUACACAUAGAAAAAUAUUUCAAAAUAAAGAUAAUUUUGAAA